AUGCGCCCGGCGGUGCUCCGCUCUGCUUUGGCACCGGAGAGGAUGGAGGACCUGCUGAACACCACCUCCUCCUGGAACCGGUCCGCUUCGGGUCAGAACCGGUUCGACAGCCUGGACGACAUCGACUUUCCGGCGGACGGCUCCGCGACCCUGCGCAUCCUCAUCUCCAUCGUCUACUCGGUGGUGUGCGCCGCCGGGCUGGUCGGCAACCUGCUGGUCUUCUUCCUGAUGAAGGUCCGCCGCGGGAGGAAGAAGAGGUCCAGUAUCAACCUGUUCAUCCUCAACUUAGCGGUGACGGACUUCCAGUUCGUCCUGACGCUGCCGUUCUGGGCGGUGGACACGGCGCUGGACUUCAGCUGGCCGUUUGGAGACGCCAUGUGCAAGAUCAUCCUCUCCGUCACUGUGAUGAACAUGUACGCCAGCGUGUUCUUCCUCACCGCCAUGAGCGUCACCCGCUACUGGUCGGUAGCCUCGGCGCUGAAGGACCGGACCAGGCGGCGGGUCUGCCCGGUGAGGUGGGUGAUCGCCGGGCUCUGGGUCUCCGCCACCGUGGCCUCUGCGCCCACUGCCAUCUUCUCCACGGUGAGGAGCGUGGCCGGGGAGAAGCUGUGCCUGCUGGGCUUCCCGGACGGCCAGUCGUGGCUGGCGCUGUACCACCUGCAGAAGAUCCUGGUGGCCUUCGUGUUCCCCAUGCUGAUCGUGUCCGUGUGUUACCUGCUGCUGCUGCGCUUCGUGCGCCUGCGGAGCAUGAACAACAACCAGGUGAAGCGGAGAUCCAAGGUGACCCGCUCGGUCACCAUCGUGGUUCUCUCCUUCUUCUUGUGCUGGAUGCCCAACCACGCCAUCACCUUCUGGGGCGUGCUGGUCAAAUUCAACGUGGUGAACUGGGAUAAGUCCUACUACAUGGUGCACACGUACGUUUUCCCAGUGACCGUGUGCCUGGCGCACACCAACAGCUGCCUGAACCCGGUGCUGUACUGCCUGAUGCGCAGAGAGUUCCGGAAAAUGAUGAAGGAUCUGUUCUGGAGGAUUUCCUCGCCAGGCGGGACCAACACGUGUCACCUGCGGCCGUUCUCCGGGACGGUGAGAGCGGACCCGGACGACACGCAGAUCGUCAUUCCUCUGAAUAACGUGGAAACGGAGAAUUACCGUCUGUCCGUUUUAAAUGACCAGUGCGACACAGACGCUCAGCCGCAGAGGUGAACGCGCCUGAGCAGCAAAACCCCCAAACCCGCUGACAGCCACUGCAUUUCUGACUGAUGACUGACAAGACCUGGCCAGUGUGUCGAAUUAUUAGUCUUUUAGGUCACAAGAUUAAAGUUUGGAGGGAACUCUGGCCCUGAUGUUGCUUGAUGGGAUUUAAAAAAAAUGCCUUUCACAUAAAUAUCUGGUGAUUCCU